AGAUGUUUUCCAGAAAAAAGGUAUAUUGCACACUUGAUAUAAGUGCAUGGAGCAGACUUGCCCCUAUUGUGGUUGGGGAUUUUAAUAUGGUUUUUCGAAGUACUAGAUCAACUUGUUUGCAUGAUGGAGCUGACAUCAAAAUGUCAAAGCUACAUAAUGUUGUUUUUCUGGUUAACCAAAGAGUCUUUAUCAGUAAAGUUCUAAAGUCCUCCUGCAGUUGUUACUUACAAACCUGCAUGUGUCUUGACAUGAAGAACUACAUGCACAUAUAGUUCUUCAAUCUAAGUCUUUUGAUAAUACUAGGUAACCUUGUACUCGGCAUAAACCUAUAAAUCCUAAAUCCCAUCAUCUUCCAAUGUAAUCUAUGGAGGAUGUCUCAGUACUAAUGCUCUGAAUUUUGAAUCCUGUUUACUUACCAAUCCCCAACCAUUGCAACUAAUUGCAUUGUAGUUUGAGGUGUGUGUAGGUAUUGUAGUUUAGUCACAACGAUUAUGUCAUCAAACAAAGUUCUCACUCCCCAGAGCUUUCCCACGCCAAAGAUGUUGGGUUGAAGCUAAGGGAAGCUCUGAAGCAGCAGCUCACCAUUAUCCAUGAGAAAGUGGAGGCCAGGAAGAUAGCUAAAAUGGCACUGGCCGAGGUGAGAAGCAUCCUAGCCAAAGAGGAGGAAGAGAGGACCUUGAACCGAAUAAGGGAGGAGUCUGAAGCCAAGGCUUGGGAGAGGGCUGAGGUGCGGCUGAAGGAAGAAGGAGAGAGAAUAGAGAAGGAGGAUGUGGAAAAGGCCAUGGAAAGGAUUAGAAAGCAGAAAGAGGAAAGGGAGAAAAUGGCAGAAAGGGAAGAGGCAAAGGUGGCAAAGAAGGUGAAAAAAUAUGAGGUAAAGGAAAAGCCAGAUAUGGAAAAGAAAUCUCAUGAUAAGCCUGUUGUUGAUGAAGGUAAUAAGGUUGAGAGAGAUGGAAAAGGCAAAGAGUCUAAUAAGGCUGCAGCUAAAAGGAAACUGUAAUGCAUCUUAUAAAAAUGGCACACUGGUUGGUAAAAGUUUAUACCAAUGAAGAAUGUCAGAUCAUUUUUCCUUUAAAUUGUGUUAACCUGUGGCUGAACUGGAUCUCAGUCCAUUAUGAGGAUACUUCGGAAGACCGCCCCUUAAAGGCAUGAGGCAAAGAAAUACCUUUUGUCUCAAUGAGAGACUCCAUAAUCAACAAUGCUAAUCAUUAUGUUUAGUUGUCUAAUGCUCAGAGUGGCAGGCAGCAAAAUGUUGAAGUAUUUGAUUGGUAAAAGCCAAAACAAGGUGCUAGAUUUUGAUCAUCAUGCAGAAAUUCCAUUAUUUCUCUUAAAAAUGUUUUUUCUUUUUUGUUUGAGGGUAGAAUCUUGGUUUACUCUUAUGAAAUUCUAGCUAUAGUGUGAUGUUUCAACACUGAUAAUUUUCUGCUGUUGUUCAUGCACAACAAAUAAAAUAGGUUGUUACUUUAUGAUGAGGGAGAAGCGUAUGUUGUCAAUAAACAUUGUGAAUCCCCU